AUGCGCCUGUACGAUGUGCACGCUGCGUCCCACCCCCCGGCUAUACUUCUCGAUAUCCUUCUGAAUCUCCGUCCCCGUCUUCGCUUCCCUCCCUUCUCCCCUGCCAAUCUUUCUCCCACUUCCCCAGCAUGCUCACCACCACCGUCGCAUCCGAAGUGCGCGUCUACUCCUCGCUUGGGACAUGCAAGUGAGGUGGCGGGGGCGGCAAGGCGUUAUAUCUGUGAGGUCGUAGGGCUUGUGAGCUCGGUAGAGGGGUUGGAAUGCGAGGAGUUUAGUUUUGGGAGAGCAUUUGUCGGUGAUGGUGGUGGUGGUGGUGGCGGCAAUCCAGUCGUACCUCCAACGCAGCCAAACGGUUCUUCCUCGUCCAUGCUGAGCCAGCGCAAUUUAACUUGUGGCGCGAACUUGUAA